AUGCCUCCGGCUACCUCUCUACCAGGCCCACCGCCAAUGUGCCUCCUAUGGGCAGACGCCCUUUGCCAUGGCAAUGACAUCCUUGCGGCCUCCAAGUGGCUGGGGCUGCCCCAGGCCAACGAGUCCAACCACGCCGCCGCGAGGUUCACUCGCGCAGCCAGAAUGGCCAUGUUCUGCUACGGCAUUGACCCAGAUGAGUAUCCAGAAGAAGUCGAACAGGUGGCCCGCCUUCUAGACCCUGUUCAGCGGGUAAAGAACAUCUGCGAAGCCGGCGACGUCCCGUGGGAGCCCGUGACGCAUCUGUCCGAGCGCAUUAAGAAAGGUCAAUGUAAAAUUGAGUCUGCAGAUGACGACCACGCUAUUAAGCGAGAAGCUUCGCCCCACAAGAUCACCGGCGCCGGCGACACGACAGACUCGGGCUCGGAAGGCGACAAAGAGGUCAAACAAGAGACACCACCCUACAGGGUUCUUGGCCCAGACGACACGACAGAGUCGGGAUCAGAGGGCGACGAGAGCAGCUCGGACCCCGUCGGACUGCCUGCCACCCCUUCCCACCAUGGACAACAAACAAACUCCUCCCCGCCGGCACAAAUCGUUGGUCUCACCUUGGAUGAUCGGUCUGCUUCCAUCUUCCAGGGUGGCAAGACCGCCCUGGAUGCCUCUGAUCCACGACAGGCUGACACUGGAUCCUCCUCUUCCGACGACACCACUCUCUGGUCCUUCAUAAGGAAGAGAAAGGCCAAAGAGGUCCGUCGCGGCGCCAACGCCGCUCGUCGUCCUGAGCCGGCCGUCGGCGCUGCAUCGCCCCCACCUUCGUCUGAUCCCAAGAACAACUCAGUCACGCCAGGCAAGAGAGAACGGGAGGCGCAGCCGGGACAAGGCUCUGCCACAAAGCGUGCAAAGACAGAGUAG